AUGAAGCAUCUCCCGCUCCUCCUCCUCGCCGGCGAGGCCGCCACGGCGCAGCCGCGCGUCUUCCAAAACCUCGUGCAGCACUUUGAGAGCGCCGAAAUGGGUCCCUUUAUCCCCUUUGUGGAGCUCGGCUUCGGCGCGGCGCCGGCGCUGCAGCCCAUCACCGGCAUCUUCGACACGGGCUCCUCCGACACCAUUGUGCCCGAGGCCGGCAGCGAGGUGUGCCAGCAGGCGCGGCAGCAGUGCACCGCGCCCGCGCCCGUCGUCCUCGGCCAGUUCGACCCGGCGGCCGCCGCGGCCGCCGGUGACUUUCGCCGCCUCGACGGCCAGCGCUUCAACGCCACGUUUGGCGGCGGCGACCAGUACGACGGCGACUACAUCAAGACGUCCGUCGUGCUGGGACAGGAUGGCCAGGGCAGGGUCGCGGGAGCGCAGGUCGCGCUGGCGUCGCACAGUGAGCCCCGGACGGAGCUCCCGCAGGUGCCCGUGUUUGGACUGGGGUCCGAUCCUGAACGAGGCAUCGGAGAGGCCAAGAUGAAGGACGCGGGCGUCACAAAGGGCCAGGCGUAUAGUGUUGUGCUCAACCCGACUCCAUUGGGAAAUGGCAGCGUCUUUUUCGGCGGCAUUGACCGCGCCAAGUUUGAGGGCGAGCUCAACGAGGUCCCGCUGGCGAAGAAUAAGCGCGGCGAGCUCCCCGAGUUUGUGGUCAAGAUGAGUUCCGUCGCGCUGGUCCCGGGAGCGCGCGAUGCGGCCAACAACGGGAGCGCACGGCGGGACGCUGACGGGGGCAGCAGACGCGCGAAGCGCAUGUCGUGGAAGCGCGGUGUCGGGGCCAGACGCCUGGGCACGGCCAAGAACACAUAUGGUCCGCAAGGCGCGGCGAGGCGAGAAGUGGGCGAGAGGCGGCUGGCCAUGCGGAACAAGAGGAGCGAUGGCUACCACAAGAAGAACCGCAAUGGCGAUAAAAAGAAUGGCAACGGCAACAGCAACAAUGGUAGCAAUGCCUGCAACGGCAGCAAGAACGAAAUCAACCUCGGCCUCGACCCGCGCGACGGCUUCAUCCUCAUGGACACGGGCGGCGUGGAAAUGGCGCUCCCCGCACACGUCGUGUCGGCGCUCGCCCAGGCGCUCGGCACGAGCUUUUCCGAGGAUGACGGGCUCGGGCCCGUGCCGUGCGGGCAGCUCGAGGGGGACGCGGCGCUCAUCAUGCGGUUCCAAGACGACGCCGUGGAGACGCGCGUGCCGCUCGCCCACAUGCGUCUGUCGGCGGCGCUCGCGGACCCGGCGCUGACGAGCGACGGCCUCUGCCAGCUCGUCGUGCGGGCCGUCGCCGAUGGCGGCGGCGAGGGGACGAGCGUCGCCACCCUGCCCUUCUUCGCCGCCGUCUACACCGUCUUCGACCUCGACGGCAACAGGCUCUUUUUUGCGCCGGCAAAGGGGGAUCCUGGCGCGCCUGCCGCGCAGCUCGAGGAGUUUCCGUGA